AUGAACAUGGCUGGAUACCUGAAAGGGCCCGGGCACUUCCCCAGCCACAGCGGGCUGAGUGGGGCCCUGCCCACCAUGGGAAUGGCGCCCCUGGGCCACUUCGGACUAGCUCAUCCCCUGGAACCAGUCGCCUUUCCCCAAGUUUAUUCCUAUUUUGCAGGCGUGAACCCUAGGAAGCAACGAAGGGAGCGCACCACUUUCACCAGGGCUCAACUCGACAUCCUGGAAAACUUGUUCGGCAAAACCAGGUACCCAGACAUCUUCAUGCGCGAGGAGGUGGCCCUUAAAAUCAACCUACCGGAAAGCAGAGUGCAAGUUUGGUUCAAAAACCGCCGGGCAAAGUGCCGCCAGCAAGCCCAACAGCAGCAAAACCAGAGCAAACAGAGUGCAAGACCUCAAAAAGUAAAAACCAGCAAACCAUCACCGGUACCGCGUCAACAAACGGUACCUCAGGUACCACCAGCAUCCACGACAAUUCCCACACCAGCUACCUCAUCAUCGCCACCGGUAAACGUGAAAAAAGAGUCGCCAAACAUCAACGCUCACGCGUACAGAACCAACGGCAACCUGACGCCUUUGGGGAGCAACACCUCCAGCGUGAUUACGACCCCGAGUCCUCCGAUAACCCCCAGCAGUAACCCGCCGUUCCCCUAUCAGCACGAGUCGGCUUACAACGGGUUUAACUGGCACGGUAACAGCCAUAACACGUCCCCGCACUACAGCCACUACCCGAACCACAACAACUACAACCCGGCGUACUACACGCAGAUGGACUACUUCAAUCAGAGCGCCCAGAACCAGAUCCAGAUCCCGAACCACAUGAACGGUUCCUAUCAGAUGGCGGGCUACUCGGGCAUGGGAAUGAGCUCGACCGCGGCGUCCCAUCAGAACUUCAGUCCGCGACAUCCGAGCGAUUGCAGUAACAUGGACUACAUGAACCAGAUGGUCUAG